AUGACCCAAAACAUCCCCCUCCCCCCCAAAGGCGCCAAAUCCGCCAACGGAAGAGCUACUGCAUCCUGCUAUUGCAGUGCCAUUCAGCUUGAAUUCCCAACUGAAGGCAAAGACCUUGUAGACACCUUCCUCUGCAACUGCACAGAUUGCCGCAAGAUCACAGCCUCAAUGUUCGCAUCAAAUUUCAUCGUCAACGACUCUGCUCUCACGCAUCUCCGUGGCCAGGACAAACUCACCAAGUUCUCCCAGGAUAAGACGAUUGAAAGUGGCAAUAACAUGGCCAAUUACUUUUGCUCCAAGUGCGGUACUUUGAUGUAUCGCGUGAGCAGCGGAUUUCCGGGCAAGUCCAUCAUGCGAAUUGGUACCAUCGAUGACUUUACUCUGCAUGAGACGUUGUUGAAGCCGAGAAUUGAACAGUUCACCAAGGACCGUGUAAGCUGGCUUGCUGGCGCAAAGGGCGUUGAGCAGCAUGAGAAGGCUUACUUUUAG